AGGAUCUGCACUAUAGGCUUCAAUCAGCUGACAAGAAGAAAGAAGAUGAAAUUCAGAUGGCAAAACAACUCCAUGAACAAGAGACGAGAGAUCUGGCAAGUAAGCUUGAAUGCUAUGAAUCAAACGAGAAGUGGCAAAUAACUACAAUACAGGGGCUUAAAGCAGACCUUGCAACACAACACAGGAAAAAUGUCGCCCUUAUUGAGAGGUUUCAACAGAUGGGAUGUCAUGAUUUUGAUCAGUCACUCCCACAAUCAAUGUCGCCUCCAACCAUUUCCCAAAAAGGACAGACUACCUCAAAAACCAGCAUACCCAAGAGAUUUGUAAACAAAAAUCCUGCUACAAAGCGAUUCCCCACUCAUGACAAUGAAGGAAUAUCAGCCUCUACUGCCAAGAGGCCUGUUACACAACCCCCUAACAGACCCCCCAAAGUACCUUCAAGGAGCCCCCCAAAACCAUCCCCAAGAAAAUAUAUCAAUAGUUCCAAGCAGCUCCCAAC